AUGGUAGAGGGAAAUCGAGGUGCGCAUGUGUCUCCCAAGGUUGUUUAUCACGCGCGGGGUACCCAAAGAUUGCGUGCCCGCUGGCUGCGAAUCAGAUUGCCCUUGAUAGCCCUGUCCAAUCGCCAGAGCCAUCUUUUUGAUAGCUACGAAGCAGGGUGGUUCAAGGCCACUUGGCAACCAGAGCUACGCAGAGCUUUUUGGCAUCCUGGACAUCUCAAGGUAUUUUCCGAGCAGAACCUGCUGAAUAUGUUCAACCCUAUCGGUGUGUGA